CAUGAAGAAAGACAAGAGUUAUCAGGAGGACUUGAAAGACGCCGUCAGGUUGUGUUGGAUCUGCCACUUCAGCAACAGACAGCAGCUGGUACAAGUGCUGGACACCUGCUUCAUGAGCGAUGUCUUCGCAAUGUUCUGUUUCGGAAACUUGUACGCCGCUGAAGCUCAUGAAAAUUCCAUGAUUUUCAGUGGGGUGCUGUCUGACUUUUUGGAAUACAUCAUCAACGCCUGCGUGGAGCAGAAAUCGCGCUUGUACAUGCUCAUGGCCAAAGGAAUCGACAUGAAUGAUACGAGCAACUGGAUGGCUGCUCACCUGUUGCUGUUUCACGCACUGCAUCGGGGAACUUUCCAGGAUUUAUUGUUCUUACUUCGCCAUGGGAUUGUAUUUCAUGGUUUCUACAAACCAGAUAAAAAUUCUCUCAUUGUCAUCACCAUUCCACACAAUGAAUCACUUGCCACUUUGCGCUUGCUGUUCGAUCUGAGGAAAGGCUGCGAGCUGGACAUUCGAAAAGUGGUGACAACAGUCUUCGAGGCCGUGCCUUACCCAACAGUCCCUGCACAAUGCUUGAAGACGAAUGACGUCUCGCAAGAUUUCAUCGACAUGAUCUACACCCCUCUGUUCCCUGACUGGGCGGCCGGACCAUCCGUGCCGAGAACCCUGAAGCACCUCGCCAGGUGUGCAGUCCGAGAUCGUCUGCGGGACUGCUUCGAACUUCCUCAAGGGAUCUACUCGCUGCCUAUAGAACAGAAGCUAAAGGACUACCUGGAUUUGUCGUUCAGUGAGAAUGCUUCUUUCUUUUGUGGCUGUGGAGAUUGCCGAUGUUAA